AGAUUGCAUGUUGCAUUCACCACUUUUUUUUUCUGCAACCGUAUCGUUUGUACAUGCCUCCCCUUCUACACCGAAGCCCUAACUAAGAGAUAAAUUCUAAUCUCUACUUCUCUUUGACCCAUCAUACCUUACAUAGUCAUUGACAGCACGCCAUCACAUUUUGACUAUCUUACUCAUUCCGGUGGAAUACAAGUCGAUUAUCGAUAGGAUAAUCGAGAGCAAAAGUGUUCGCAAAAAUCAGUAGCACCACACACUAGAACAUCUCGGAAUCAAACUAAACCGACAUGACAACRRCAAGCAUGKCCCCCUACAACGAGAAUACAUCUUUGCUCCCGGAAGAGACGACGGAUGUCGAGGGCGUCGAAACCUCUGCACGUUUGGCAUUUGAGCGCUCCAACGGUGAUGCUUCCCGUCGGUAUCACCAGAAACGGACGAGACCCUCGCCUGAACACGACAGCGAGGAAGAGCCCUGGCACCAGAGUGCGGGAGGAUUGUUGCAACCUGUAAUCUUCGGCGGUCUCGAUGGAAUCCUGACCUCGUUCGCCAUUGUUGCCGGAGCUGCCGGCGGUGGAUUGUCCAUCACAGCGGUGCUCGUUCUCGGCUUUUCCAAUAUUUUUGCGGAUGCACUAAGGUGAGUUCAAACAGAGKAAGCCAAAAUUAAUGACGACUUCAUGGAUGUGCUUUCAUUCGUUCCUGCCUUUGUGUUUCUGGAUGAAUUCUCUUUAGGCAAGGGGCAUGACAUCGCAUAUGAUAUCGAACUUUUGCACUCGCUCAAAUAGUUUAAACCGUGUUGUUGAAAAUAUCUUAUCCGUUGUCUCGUUUCAUAGCAUGGGCGUCGGAGAAUUUUUGUCGAGCAAAGCCAACAACGAAUGGAUUCUGAGUGAAAAGAAACGAGAGGAGUGGGAGAUGGAAAACUACCGCGAAGGAGAAAUCCARGAAAUGAUUGAUAUUUAUGUCAACAAAGGUUUGACACCAAAGGAUGCAAAGCUUGUCAUAGAAACCAUGGCGAAGUACGAUGACUUCUUUGUCGAUAUAAUGAUGCAGCAAGAAUUGGAGUUACAGGUCCCAGAGGAAGACCAUGUUGAGCAAAGCAUGAAAGAAGGCUUUGUUAUGUUUUGUUCCUUUGCCUUUUUCGGAACCGCGCCUCUUUUGGGAUACACCCUCAUUCCAUGGCUUUUUCCGCAUCUGGAAAGCGAAAUUUUGUUCCGGUCGGCUUGUGCCGUGACAGGACUUGUGUUGUUUCUGCUUGGUUCCAUCAAGAGCAAYUUUUCGUGAGUAUUGUUCGUAAUUGUUCUGCUUUCAAAACUUACAGUUUCUGAGCAAGCKUAUCCUAACAACAAACUUUUUACUUUUUCCUUCGUUACUCACGCCUCGGUUCCAUUCCAUCCCCUGACAGAGGGACAAACUGGUUCUGGAGUGGUUGCGAAACAUUGAUCCUGGGUGGAACCUGCGCGACAGUUGCUUAUACCAUUGGAUUUUUCGUAAAUUCAAUGCUUGACGAGGAUGACUCGGCAGGAACGCUAUAAAAAUGCUUAACUACUUAGAACGAAAACUGCUCCGUAGAACGAACCCCAUAUCAUAGGGCAUGUAGGUAGGAUGAUGAUGGUGAAACUAGUUCCUGGCGAAGUGCGAAAAAGAAGAAGCGAUGUGCAUGAUUGGAAGGCGCAGAUCGAUCACGCUUGUCUCGCCAUGACACAACGAGGCCGUAGCGAAACAUUUAUUUUUGUACUUUUGUGAUAGCUCAUCUUUCGAAAGGUACCGUACACUAUCAUGAUCCUUCUUGUGAGAAGUUUUCCAGGACAAGGGAGAACAUCUUAUAAAAACGGUUCCUCCAAACAGAGUCUCAAGAGAGUUGAGCAAACCAAUGCAAAAGCUAUCGCAAGGAAACCACUGAAGAUAUGUUGUUGUACUUGUUGYACUGGUGCUAAUGAUGGUACCACCAGUAGCAGUAGGAGGAAGAAGGACAUAUUUGCUGUUGUUCUUCCUUCUUGUAGUAGGUGUUUCUUGUUCUUCCAGUACUAUUAGUAGUAGUAUCAUUGGUACCGGGAAGAAUAUCAUGAGUCAGUACUACUGCUAGUAGUUGUACUGCUACUAAUACUACUGUUAGUAGUAUUGGGGAAUGGAGCAGUAAAUCAAGCCAAGAAGAAGAAGAACUAAAAGUUACUAGACUUU